GACAGCUGCUGAGAAAAAAAAGAAAGAAAAAAAACCACCUUCCCCUCUUUCUCUUUUAUAAUACUUCGGUCUGAAAAACCUUAAAACCGCAACCCCGUCGAUGCUUUAACGGAAAACCGAAAUGGACACCGAUGAGAGACUGACGGCUUUGAAAAGGGCUUAUGCGGAUAUAAUUUUGAAUACGGCGAAGGAAGCGGCGGCGAGGAUUAUGUCGUCCGAACAGAAGGCUGUUCGUUAUAAGCAUGAACUUCAAGUGGCGAAAGAGGAGGGGCUUGGGAUGCUUUUGCGUCUCAAACAGAUGAUGGAUUCAAAGAUUAGUGAAGCAGAGUUGACGUCCUUGAGUCAACAGAGAAAGAUUGAAGAACUUGAAGCUCAACUUCAGGAAGCAGAAGAUAUUGUGAGUGAUCUCAGAGUAGAGCUGAGGGAAGUUCAGGCAGAUCUUGAGAGGGUGACAAGCUGCAAAGAGAGAGGAGUACGUAACUUAGAGGAUAUUGACACUGCUCCUCCUGGAGAACUACACGAAGAGAACAGAGUUGUGUUGCCUCAUGAAUCACAGGAGGAGUCUAUGACAAUUUCUAACGUAGAAGUUACGAAUAUGAAGCCGAAAAAUCAGGGCCAUCAGUCAUGUAGCAAAAUGGUUCAACUUGGAAAACCUAGCAUUUCAGGUCCAGAUUUACCCUCUAUAAUUUUGAGAAGUAAAGUGCCAGAGCUAUACAGAAAUGGGUGUACACAGAGAAUUCGUGCUUGUGAAGGAAACCUUUUAGAUGGAGAUUUAUCUGUUUCUAAAGGAGUUGAAAAAACUAAAAAUGAAAAUGGUAAUGCAGUAGAUGAAGGUGAAGGGAUCUAUUCAGCACCUAUUAAUAAGAUCGAUGAUGUGGUUAAUCCACAGGAAAAUAUUCAACAAGCAGAUGACUUGCUUAGCAGCUGGCACCUGCUAACAUCUUUUCGCCGAAAAAGAAGAAGAGCUAUGAGAAAUAGAAAAGCUGGUUAUCCUUCACCAGGAAGCAGUCCUGACCAUUUCCUGAAUAUUGAUAAAACGUCGAACACUGGUAGCUUGACUGCUCACUCCAGCCCUGCUAGCGAUGGUGCUCCUGAUCAAGAUCCUUCUCAUAUGGGCUAUGGUUUGUCAAUAGGAAAAGAUGAACCAGAUAUGAAGCUGGGAUUCACUGAAAUGCAUGGAAAUGAAUCACAGAUUUCAAAAUCUUUUCGCCGAAAAAGAAGAAGAGCUAUGAGAAAUAGGAAAGCCGAUUAUCCUUCUCCAAGAAGCAGUCCUGAUCAUUUCCUUAAUAUUGAUAAAACAUCAAAUGCUGGUGUCUUGAUAGCUCACUCCAGCCCUGAUAGAGAUUGUGCUCCUGGUGAAGAUCCUUCUCAGAUGAGCGACAGCUUGCUGAUAGAAAAAACUGAACCAGGCAAGAAGCUGGGGUUCACUGAAAUUUCCGGAAAUGAACCGCAGUCUGCUGAAAUUUCUAGUGUUCUAAAUUCAACAGUCAGUGAUGAGUUAGUGAUGGCAAAAAUGGACUCCCCCAGACAAGAAAGUAGAUCCUUGGAGAACUUAGCGGUUCAUAGCGACAGACCUGAUUUUGUAACUGUUAGCAGUCAGCCAGGAAACUCAUUGUCAAAGAUAGCUGAUGUAUAUGGUGAAGUUCCUAGCCAAACUCCGAAAGAUAGAGUCAUCAAAUACACCUUUCAAAGAAAGAGGAAGAGAGAGCAGUUGAGUGUAUCAGAAGAGAAUGCUCCAAUUGAGAAGAGCUCUCCAAAGGAAUUAAAUGGAGAAAAAUUAAAUGGUCAUGUAGAGCCAAAAAUGUCAAAUUCAGCGACAGAAUCAUCACGGGACAGUCGCCGAAUGGCACAGGUUGCACGACAGCUAAUAUCUUUGUCUGAGAAGAAGUGGUGGAAGUGAAUAAAGAGUUCACGCCAACACGGAGUAGUGGCAGCAGAAAUCCAUGAUGUUCUUUCCACCCUUGGAGAUCAUUUCCAGAAGGUCGUGAAGGAUAAGGACUGAGAGUUGAUUGAAUUGAUAAAAUAUUUAAUAGGUUGACGAUGUUUUUUUUGUUUCAAUACUGUCCUGCUAUGAUAUAUAUAUAAUAUAUGAACUUGGCAUUGUUUACAGUUAA